GCUUCCACAGAGCUUCAGAGAACUAAUCUUAAGCAUGGCUGUCUAGCGUGCCCGUCACUCCUAUUGUCCUUCCAAACUCUUGCAGACAUUUUGAGCGAGGAGUAUUAAAGCCAUGAGUUAGCGAGGGUGUGACAUCAAUGGUCCAGAAAGGCUGCCAGCACGAAGGGUAAAGAUGAGUACGGGAGGCUGUGCGGAGGACGGCACGGGAUCGCUCUCAUUAAAAAUUAAGCGUGGCUUUUGAAGAAGAUGUGACAACUACCGGAGGUCUCUCUGCCACUCCCCCAGGACAUCCACCGUGAGGAAAGGAGCGGCAGGACCAACAUCCUUUAAGAUGUUUAUAUGGACCAGUGGCCGGACCUCUUCAUCCUACAGACAUGAUGAGAAAAGAAAUAUCUACCAGAAAAUCAGGGACCAUGACCUCCUGGACAAGAGGAAAACUGUGACAGCACUGAAGGCUGGAGAGGACCGGGCUAUCCUUCUAGGGCUGGCCAUGAUGGUGUGCUCCGUCAUGAUGUACUUCCUGCUGGGGAUCACACUGUUGCGCUCGUACAUGCAAAGUGUGUGGACAGAAGAAGCUCAGUGCACCCUGCUGAAUGUGUCUAUCACAGAAACAUUUAACUGUUCCUUCAGCUGUGGGCCAGACUGCUGGAAGCUCUCUCAGUACCCUUGCCUGCAGGUGUACGUGAACCUGACUUCCUCCGGGGAGAAGUUCCUCCUCUACCACACCGAGGAGACCAUGAAGAUCAAUCAGAAGUGCUCCUAUAUCCCUAAGUGUGGAAACAACUUUGAAGAGUCUAUGUCCCUGGUGAGUGUCGUCAUGGAGAACUUCAGGAGACACCAACACUUCCCCUGCUAUUCUGACCCGGAAGGAAACCAGAAGAGUGUCAUCCUGACCAAACUCUACAGCUCCAAUGUGCUGUUCCAUUCUCUCUUCUGGCCCACGUGUAUGAUGGCUGGGGGCGUGGCAAUUGUUGCCAUGGUGAAACUCACUCAGUACCUCUCCCUGCUCUGUGAGAGGAUCCAACGGAUCAAUAGAUAAAAGAAAAAUCAUGGAUAAGAUAUUUUUCUUUAAAGCUCAAAUACUGUUUUCUUUCAUUCUUCACCAAAGAACCUUAAGUUUUUAACGUGCAGUCUGUUAUGGGUUCCUUACUGUAUUAUUAUUCUAAGUAGAGCAAUAACGCAGAUGCUGUCUUAUAUGCAAACAUGAUGUCAUUAUUAUUCAGGAGAAUUAACUGUUCUUUGUCAGUCGGUGGUUUCAUUAUCUUGUUUUGAUGCUGGAACUAGUCAGUCCUUCUUUUUCCACCAGAAUUGGGCUCAGCUACUCAUCGCUAAGUCUUGUGGCAGAAUGGAGGCACUGUCCACGCGACAAGGUCUGUGUUCUGAGUUUCCAGACCUCUUGAAGACCAGAUUUUUCUUCAUUUGUUGUUUACUAAAGCUACAGCCAAAAACGUGGUUUUUUUUUUUUUCUUAUUCUAUAUCGAGUCCUGUAGCAAGUGACUGUAGCAAGGGUGGUUUCCUGACUAAAGCAUGUUUAAAAAAAUUUUUUUAAUUGUUACUAUAGUGUUGUAAUGAAGAGAGGAAGCCAGAUUCUUUUCUUCCAUUACUUUUUAUUCGCUACUUCAGAUUUUUAAAAUGAUCUCCAGCUCUAUAAUGUCUUCCGAACAGAGCCCUUUUCCAUCUAUGACCCUGCUACUGUGUGGGAGACAAAGGUGGUGAGUUUGCUCCUGCUGAACUGACGGGGUGUCGGUAGGUAUUCCAUGGCAAUGCACAAAAGUCUCAGCUGCAAAGAUACUUAUGUGAAAUCUUAACUCCAUUUCCUCUGGUCUGUUAGAAGCCAACGUUUACGUGGUAAAGACUGGUGAGUUCGUUGCAUUGGGUUCGUCUCUUACGGCAAAUUACAGUGUUGUAAUAUUACUCUGUGGGGAUUUAUGUUUCAGUGAUCGAAUGUAUAGUCUCCUGAAAACUGUUGCCUGUUGGAGUUUUAAAGCCACGUGUGCAGAAUCUUUGUCUCCUCUACAUAUUUUAUUUUUCUAUUCACUAUUCCCUUUUUGUUGUAUAUUUUAUAUGCAGAACAGACAUUUUCCUAACACGCGUUUGAACUGAAUAACAGAGUUAAAGGAAGCCUUUCUCCACACUGAUGUUUACUCGU